CUACAUCAUCCCUCCAUCGUCCCUCUCUCUUGUUCAACACACACUGCAUAGUAAUACUUGAUAUCAUUCCAGGCGUAGCCCAUUUGCCGCCGUCCGAUCGUUUCAAUUGCCUUCCAUUCGGUCCGCUCCUUACUAAAUACUGUAUUAAUAUAUAAUGUCUGCCUCUCGGUGAUGAUUAAACACGACUUUCGACAACCCCGAUGGAGUUCGACAGGCCGGAGACCACCGUCUUAGGUCGCCCGAAACCAACACAACAACCGCCACGGACGAUAGCUGGACCUGGGGCAUUACCCGGAGCAGCAACCCCUGCCGGCGUAACUACCAGCAUAACAGCAGGUCCGGUGAAUAGGGCCGCGAACAGAACGUCGACGUUCGAAUUCCGCGGCUUUGACUUCUUCGCCAAUCGCGACUUCAAUGAGCUGAAGAACGCGUCGCGCGCAUAUUUCACGCCAGCCUCUGGCUCUGAGAAGCAUGAACGUCUGCCGUCGACAUGGUUAGGCGAUGCGACGCCACCAGCUAGUCCGAGGCCGUCUAGGGACGUUCGCGCCAUCGGAGGGGGCAUUGGGGGAGAAAGGCUUCUACCCCCGCUAGGUGCGCAGGAACCUCCGAACGAAAAGAGAAUAUUCGGACUGAGGAGGGUUCAAUUCUGGUGGCUGGUGGCUUUAAUAGCGCUUUUGUUGGUUGUCGCAAUCGGAGUUGGCAUAGGGGUGGGGGUGAGUAAGGGGGCGUCGAAAGACUCUACCCAGGCUCAGGCUCAGGCUGGCGCCGUCUCGAGCUCAUCAUCUGCGACCUCAGUGUCGGGCUCCAGUACGCCGGCAACAGCUGGCACUCCUACGACGCAAUCUAGCCCAUCAACGACUAAGACCUCGGCUAUUUCCUCAUCGACGAGCAAUUCCGAGGGGAAAAUCGAUUGCCCUGCCGCCAAUGGGACUACCUAUCAGGUUCCAGGGUCGGAGAAGCAGUUCUUGCGAAUUUGCGGCAUAGACUACAGCGGCGAUGAGGCCACUGAUCUGCGGCAAGUGUCUACCGAGACCAUGCUGGACUGUAUGAAGAACUGCGCUGGGACCAACGGGUGCACGGGCUGCGGCUGGGGUUAUAUCCAGGGGGAUACGGGAACCGAGCACACGUGUUGGCUCAAAGGCAACCUGAAGAAGCCCCAUGAAGCCGAUCCGAAUUGGGCCUUUGCCGUGCUUUUAUGAAUAGACGAGGAAGGAUAAUUAUACGGACAAUAUAUGUCGCCUGAAUGGGUGGAUGUAAUGGCACUGAUAAUGUUCUAAUAUGUACAUUUGAAUGUAAAAAUAAUAUGAUACCCUAUGUAUUGGACGACCCGGGCCCUUGAUCAAUUGUAUUUCGAUUGGGAAAACCCUAGGAAUGGACUUC